CCUUGUGCUCCGUGAGGGGGCCGUUUCCACCACCGCCCCAGAUGCCCCCUCUGCCGUCAGCUGAGUGGCUGCUGACGGUCUACGGCUAUGACGUCCUGAUGCGGCUGGAGGAGGGAUCACGUCCACCUUUGGAUCCAUCUUGAAGAUGGAUUCAACCAAGAAGGUGACGAAGAAGCUUGCAGGUAUCGCCUCGGACACGGCCGUGUGGGUUACCAACGUCGGUAACGAGCAUGGGCAGGUCCUCAUCAGUGUCCUCACCUCCUCAGAGGGCUCCGAGGGCCUGUCCUGCAUGGCGGCCGGAUUGAUGAGGCGAUACCAGCACGCCGGGGUAGCUCCCCCCCAGCUCAUCUACGUCGACCGUGACUGCUGCAGCCGAGACGGCGUGUCCAAGACAGCUGCCUUAUUUCCAGAGUGGGGAAAGCUGCUGGUGAGGCUGGACAUCUGGCACCUGAUGCGGCGCUUCGCAUCAGGUGUCACCACUGAGUCUCACCAGCUCUACCCCACUUUCAUGAGGCAGCUGUCUCAUUGCAUCUUCGAGGUGGACUCUGGAGAUGCCUGCCGUCUCGCUGAGGCCAAGCGGUCCGAGCUGGAUGGGAAGCACGGGGUGGUCGGCCUGACGGACGCCGAGGUGAUCCGGAGGAUCUCCAAGGAGGAGUGGAGGCUCCACUGUCGUCGGCGGACGCGUUGGGCCGAGGAGACCGCACUCCUCAUCAACGACCUCCUGGACACCUUCGGCGGUCCGGCCGGACGCGACACCCUGGACAUCCCGCUGCUAGACGCUCUCCGCAUCCAGGACAUCUGGAAGACGCAGAGACGCCACCUCAGCUGCAUUCAGGACCCACCGGGGGUGCAGCUGUACACCCAGACCGGCAGGCUGACAAAGGGCGGGGUCAGCCUGCCAGUUUAUCGCUGCGCCAGGGGCUCCACGUCCCUGGAGUCCUUCCACCUCCACCGGUUCAUCCCAGGUAACAGUGCCAGCGCCAAAUACUUCCAGGCGUUCCUGGUUGAUGGACUGGUGAGGUGGAAUGAGGACAGAGCAGCAGCAGCUGCACCUCCGGUUGCAGCUGAGGAGCAAGUGGCGUCUCUGCGCUCCUACUGUGGCCACCUCAAGCACAUCCUGAACCAGAAGAGCCAACGGGUGCUUGGCCUUCACAUGGUUCAGGACUUCACCAGGCCUGCUGCGUACACAGGUGAGCUCAUCGGGGUGGAGUACCUGUACCAGCAGACCGGACGUGUGCUUGAGGAUGUCAGUCUGGACCCUGACGCUCCGGACGAGGCUGCUGCCAUCCAGGCGCUGGAGGAGGCGGAUGAGGGGUUCGAGGACGACGUCGGGGACCCCACGGUCUUCGAGCCAGAGCCCCCCGCCGCCAUCACAGCGGCAGCAGCCCGGUCAGGUGAUCCAGCUGACGCACCCAGGUCUGAGCCAUCCUGUCUGGCCGCCCCUGACCAGGACGCCCCUCCUGAGGCCCCUGAAGGACCAACUCCGGCUGCCCCACACUCCUCCGACUCUGAGGAGGAGAUCCAGUGUGUCCUGAAGCUGGCCCAGGCCCUGGUGGAGAUCCGGAACCUUCAGGGGCUCUCUGACAGCAGGGUAGACAGGCUCAUUGCACUCUGGCAACGCCUGCCAGAGUGUGACAAGCGCCGAGUCGUCUACCCUGCCAGACACCAGGAGAGGCAGCCCACGGGGCGGUUCAAGGCAGCGAAGGGGAAGAACACCUCCUGUCCUGGAAAGGAGAGUCUCUAAAGCUGCCUGCUCGGACAGAACGCGGGCCCUGCAAACUGGCCCAGCGCCAGUCGCCUGGUCGAGGCCGCUUGCAGCCAGCUCUGCCGUCUCCACCCAGCCACAGCCCGUGUCGGUGGGGUCCCAAAGACCCGGUGGUCCCUGGU